AUUGGUCCCCAAAUUUAAAGGAUGUCAAAUUUCUCAGAGACCUGUUUUUGUCAACUGCUUGCAACUAUUUGAUAUGCUGUCACUGAGUUGCCAACUGACUAGAUACAAAGACUUCAUCAAUUACCAACAGAAUGGCUGACUGGGAUGGAGGGGAGAGCCAGAGGAGAUUGAAGACACAACGUGAAGCAACAGGGCAACUGGAUGAUGACAGCCUCUACAGCAUAUCUACACAGAUUCAUGCAGGUGAAUGGAAGGGACUGGCAACAAGGCUUGGCUUCAGUGCUGCAGAAGUCUCCCACUUUCCAAGUGAUCACUCCUUCACUGCAGAACAAAUCAACCAGAUGCUGGUCACCUGGAGAAACAGACAACCUGUUCAUGUCAAUCAGACAGAAGCUCUCUGCAAAGCAUUGAAGGAGGUUGGAAAUGCACAACUAGCUGACAACUUGACAGAGAAUCAACCAAAUACCGGUACAUUCAAGAAAGCAACUACACAGAGGGCUGUCUCAUGCUCACAGCCACCAGGGGAGUUGGAUGAUAGCAGUCUGUAUGACAUAGCUGAACAGAUUGAUGCAAAUGAAUGGACAAGACUUGCUGCAAAGCUUGGCUUCAACCAAGCAAGAGUCUCUCACUUCAAGGACAAUCAUUCCAAUGUUCGUGAUCAAAUCAAUGGGAUGCUGGUCGCAUGGAGGAAAAAACAACCAGGUGAUGUCAAUCAGAGAGAAGCUCUCUGCAAAGCACUAAGGGAAGUUGGGGACAUCAAUCUUGCUGAUAAGCUGAGUGAUAAUCAACCAAGUACAUCCAAGCAAGCAACCACACAGAGGGCUCUCUCAUGCUCACAGACACCAGGAGAGUUGGAUGAUAGCAGUCUGUAUGACAUAGCUGAACAGAUUGAUGCAAAUGAAUGGACAAGACUUGCUGCAAAGCUUGGCUUCAACCAAGCAAGAAUCUCUCACUUCAAGGACAAUCAUUCUAAUGUUCGUGAUCAAAUCAAUGGGAUGCUGGUGGCAUGGAGGAAGAAACAACCAGGUGAUGUCAAUCAGAGAGAAGCUCUCUGCAAAGCACUAAGGGAAGUUGGGGACAUCAAUCUUGCUGAUAAGCUGAGUGAAUACAGUGCGUCUGAUGUCCAGUCCCUGAAUGCUGCUAAUAUCUGUGAAGAUGAACUGAAGUCACACUACGAUGAGACAGGUAGCUUUGUAGAGAUGAACCCAUGGUGUGAUGAUCUCAAAAAACCCAUUGCGGACAUGUUCACCAAGUUACAGCUGAUCACUGGCGAGGGAAAAACAGAAUGCACCUUUGAAUCCUAUGAGGAUAUGUUCCUGCUGAAAACAAGAGAAGGUAAACUGAUCCCAAUGGCUGUACUAAGUGGGCUGGCUGGUAGAGGAAAGACCACUCUUUUUGGCAAGAUUACAUAUGAUUGGGCAUUUGGCUCUUGCGAGGUCUUACAGAAGUAUAAACUGGUCUUCCUUUUGAAAAUGUGUGAUCUGAAGCAGGAGUCGGAUCUUAUUGAUGCAGUUUUUGAGCAACUCCUAGCAGAAAACACAAGUGUAGACAGGAAUGCUCUGGGGUCAUACAUCAAGAUGAAUUCUGGCAAAGUCCUCAUUCUCUUGGAUGGCUUUGAUGAGUUGAGGACCACUAUCCUCAACAAAUCCUCAUUUGGUUCCAUACUGAAAAUACUCAAUCGUAGGAUGUGUAGAGGUUGCACCGUACUUGUGAGCACCCGCCCCUCCCACUUAGUCAGAUUGACAACAAAGGAACUGAUUCAACAACCAUUCACACAUGUCAGGGUCAUGGGGUUCAGUGAAGAAGACAUCACUGAGUAUGUGAACAAGUUUUACUGUGAUGAACCUACUAAGGCAGAGGGGCUUCUGACAAGGAUUGGAUCUUCAGACCUUUUGUCAGUUUUGGCAGAGAGUCCCAUGUUGCUUCUCAUGAUGUGUUCCCUGUGGAGUGAAGAUUCUGAAUUUCCAGAAACAAUGUCAGGCCUAUAUCAUAAUGCAGUUGAUGAAGUUGGAAAAAGAAAAGAUGUGUCAGAACAAGAAAUAAAAAGGGUGGUGAUUGAACUUGGCAAGGUUGGUUUGCAGGGUCUCCUUUUUCCAGAUCAAGUGCUGUCUUUUAAAGAAAGUGACUUUGAGCCAGGUGUGCUUAGCCUUGCUCUAAAAGCAGGUAUUUUGACCACACAGAGAGUCGUCAAGGGACGAGUCCCCCACAGCAGUGUGCAGUUCAUUCCUAAGACAUUCCAGGAAUUCUGUUCUGCUUUAUACCUCCAGAACUUGUUUGAAGUAGACACACAAGAAUUUCAGAAGAUUCUGAAUAAAAUUAUGUCAAAAAGCCCAGUGGAUUUUGAAUAUCUUCUGCGCUUUUGUUGUGGAGGAAAUGAGGCAUGUACAUUUGAAAUACUGAAUGUGUUUCUGGAGAAGUGUAAGAAUCGUUUGUCAGUUGAGGAUAGGGUGGGUCAGUUGGCACUUCACUGUUACUUUGAAAGUCAGUGUAAGUACCUUCCACCUGAGAAGUUCAUACAAGCAGUCUUAUGUGAUAGCAUCGAGCUUGAUGGUCUUAAUGUUGAUACAUUGCUUUCAGUGGCAUACUUUCUGAGACGUGUUGCAGAGGUCAGUGGCAGUAUUCACCUUGAUAAAAUAAAAACACUCACUAUUUGGUCUUGUGAAUUGACAAGGUCUAUCAAAGAUAUUGCCUUUGCCAUGACAGCAAUGACAAAUCUGCAUGAUGCAAAGUUCAUUGAUAACACUGCCAAUGAAAAUACACAUGUCCUUAAGUCACUCAGACAUCUACCAAACUUAGUUAGCUUGUCUCUCUGUGAUAUUCAAUUUGAUGUUACAACAUCAUGGAGGAUGCAUCUAAAGGAGCUCAAGCCCCUGCAGGAGCUGGACGUGAGUAGCAGCUCAUUGAAUGGACAGGACAUGGUACAUGUUGCUGAGUCAAUCAAGUAUCUACCCAAUUUGGUUUCAUUGGAUGUUUCUCUUAAUAAACUUGUUGGUACAGCAGCAUCAUGGGGAAUGUAUCUGAAGGAGCUCAAGCCCCUGCAGAGGCUGAACUUGAGUUACUGCUCAUUGAAUGGAAAGGACAUGGUACAUGUUGCUGAGUCAGUCAAGGAUCUACCCAAUUUGGUUUCAUUGGAUGUUUCUCUUAAUCAAAUUGUUGGUACAGCAGCAUCAUGGGGAAUGCAUCUGAAGGAGCUCAAGCCCCUGCAGAGACUGAACUUGAGGAACUGCUCAUUGAAUGGACAGGACAUGGUACAUGUUGCUGAGUCAGUCAAGGAUCUACCCAAUUUGGUUUCAUUGGAUGUUUCUUCAUAAUAACCUUGGUGGUACAGCAGUAUCACGGGGAAUGUAUCGGAAGGACCUCAAGCCCCUGCAGAGACUGAACUUGAGGAACUGCUCAUUGAAUGGACAGGACAUGGUACAUGUUGCUGAGUCAGUCAAGGAUCUACCCAAUUUGGUUUCAUUGGAUGUUUCUGGUAAAAACCUUGUUGGUACAGCAGCAUCAUGAGGAAUGCAUCUGAAGGAGCUCAAGCCCCUGCAGGAGCUGAGCUUGUUCAACUGCUCGUUGAAUGGACAGAACAUGGCACACAUCGCUGAGUCAGUCAAGAAUCUAUCCAAUUUGGUUUCAUUGAUCGUUUCUGGUAAUACAGACCUGGCUGGUACAGCCACUUCAUGGUGCUUGUACUUGAAACAUGCAGAGGCCCUGAGGAAGCUGGAUCUCAGGUACUGUUGGCCGACAGAGGAGGAUAAGAAACACAUUCAUGAUGUUCUGAGUAACCUAGAUGAAUUGCUCCUUUAUCGCUAGGGGAUAUUGGUUGGUGAUUGACAGGAGAAGCUGGAUUUUGUCUAUAAAAUUUCAGUGACAAGUAGAUACAAGUAUGAAAUACCAUACAAGCAGGGUUUGUAGGUUGAAUCUGGUCAGACUGUGUAUGAUGAA